AUGGCAAGCGCAGAAGUAGCACUAUUUCGUAAAUGGACGUACGAUGACGUCAGUCUUUCAGAUUUGUCACUUGUUGAUUGCAUCGCAAUCCAAGGAAAGGCUAGAGUAUUUACUCCACAUACGGCCGGUAGAUACCAAAAGAAGCGUUUCAGGAAGACCCAAUGCCCAAUUGUCGAGCGUUUGGUCAAUUCCUUGAUGAUGCACGGCAGAAACAAUGGAAAGAAGCUCAAGGCCAUGAGAAUUGUUGCCCAUGCCUUUGAAAUUAUCCACAUUAUGACUGAUAAGAACCCAAUUCAAGUAUUUGUCGAUGCUGUAAAGAAUGGUGGUCCAAGGGAAGAUUCCACCAGAAUUGGAUCAGCUGGUGUCGUUAGAAGACAAGCUGUUGAUGUGUCACCAUUGAGAAGAGUAAAUCAGGCCAUUUAUCUUAUCUGCACAGGUGCAAGAAAUGCAGCUUUCAGAAACAUUAAGACUAUUGCUGAGUGUCUUGCUGAUGAAAUUGUCAACUGUGCCAAGGAGUCCCCCUCUUCCUAUGCUAUUAAGAAGAAGGAUGAAAUUGAGCGUGUUGCUAAGGCCAACAGAUGA